AGCCGGAAACGGCGAGUGUGUUUGGCGCCGUCUCGGGGUCUGUCGUGUUGUCCGUUUGGAACCUUUGCAGCCUUUUAAACGUUUGAAAGGCGGCGGCCUCGCGCUCGAGCCAAACAGCCGCUGCUCACUCCACGCGCCAUGCCGCCCAAGCCGCCGAGGAGAGCGGCCGCCGGUGCCUCUGAGGAGAGCGUCUCUCCGGGCAGACAUGACUACAAAGAUGCAGACUUUGUCUUGCUGUGUCAAAACCUUAAAGUAGGAGAGAAUGUGAACGAAAGGGCUUGGAAGAUUUGGGAGUCGGUAUCAGAGGUUUUCAAUGAUGGCGUUGUAUUAGAUGCCAUACGAAAGUAUUGGGGUAUCUGCAUCUUCAUUGCAGCUGUAGACUUGAAUGCAGUUUCCUUCACUCAGACAGAAUUGCAGAAAACAUUAGAUCUGAAUAUGACUGAGUUCUUGCAGUUGCUGAAGAAAAUGGAUGUGAACUUGGACACUGUUAGCACUAAAGUAAAUUCAGUGGUGUUGAAACUGGAAAAGAAGUGCCUUGUUUUCACUGCACUCUUUGAAAAAUUUAAGAGGAUAUGUGAAAAGAUAUUUACGGAGGCACCAAGUAUCCAGGCAUCAUCAGAAACUACUAAGCCAGUGGUGAAAAUCUGCUGGAUUACGUUUCUACUGGCAACAGGGAAGCUGCUUCAGAUGGAAGAUGACCUUGUGCUCUCUUUCCAGUUGUUGCUUUGUGUCUUGGAGCACUUUAUCAAGAUCUCACCCUCUGCAUUUAUUAAGGAACCUUACAGAACUACUGCAAAUAGUAUAAUUUCCAGUGGCCCAUCACGAUCUUCUAGACGAAGUCAGAACAGAAUUAUACAGACAGGCAAUUCAACUGAAGUAGACCCCAGAGUCAUGGAAAUCCUUUGUCAGGAAAAUGAGUGCAAUGUGGAAGAGGUGAAAAACAUUUAUUUGAAGAGCUUUCUUCCUUUCUUGGACAACCUUAAAAUACCCUCUACUAAUGGAUUUCCUGAGAUUGAGUCACUUUCAAGACAAUAUGAAGAGCUUUACCACAAGAACAAAGAUUUUGAUGGAAGAUUGUUCCUUGAACAUGACAAAACUCUGCAAAUAGACCCAGAAGAAAGAUAUGAACUUGAGAAUACUCCAAGGAAACCUCACACUGAAGACGGUCACACAGUUAUUCCUCCACAGACUCCUGUUAGGACUGCAAUGAACACCAUCCAGCAGUUACAGAUGAUUUUAAAUACAGCCGAUGACAAACCUUCAAGUACCCUUGAAGCAUACUUUAAUAAUUGUACAGUGAACCCUACUAAUGGCAUCACUAAUAGAGUGGAAUAUCUAGGCCAGAAGUUUCAGGAAAACUUCGCUCAGGCAGUGGGGGAAGGAUGGGCAGAGAUUGGCUCUCAGAGAUAUAAACUUGGUGUGCGGUUAUACUACAGGGUUAUGGAAUCCAUGUUGAAAUCGGAAGAAGAGCGCCUCUCUGUCCAUAAUUUUAGCAAAUUGUUGAACGAUGCUACCUUUCAUGGAUCUCUACUUGCCUGUGCUGUGGAGGUUGUCAUGACCACAUAUGGUACUACUUGGAACAUAACGUUGACGAGUGACAUUCAAACAGAGACUGACCUCUCCUUCCCCUGGAUCCUUCGUGUGUUUGAUAUAAAGGCUUAUGAGUUUUAUAAGGUUAUUGAGAGUUUUAUUAAAGCAGAACCAACUCUAUCCAGAGAGAUGAUCAAGCACAUGGAAAGAUGUGAACAUAGGAUCAUGGAGUGUAUUGCAUGGCAGAUGGACUCACCUUUGUUCGACAUACUCAAGCAGCAAAAAGAACAGGAAGAUCAGCCAGAUCAGCCUGAGCCCACUAGUACCCUCAAACAACCACUCCAGCACAACCACACUGCUGCAGACCUUUACCUUCAUCCGGAAAGAUCCCCACAGCAAAAAGGGUUCAGUACAGCACAUGCAGUUCCCAUGCAGCAAGCAAAGGUCGAGACACCAUCUGCUGGCCAAUCUCAGCCCCAGUCCCAGUCUCAGCAAAAACCUCAGAAGUCUACCUCGCUCUCUCUCUUCUACAAAAAAUUAUAUCGACUGGCAUAUCUUCGACUGAACACCCUCUGCAAUCAUCUUCAUCUGCCGUCAGACCAUCCUCAGCUUGAAGCUAUAAUAUGGACGCUCUUUCAACACACCUUAGGAAAUGAGUAUGAACUUAUGAAAGACAGACAUUUAGACCAGAUAAUGAUGUGUUCCAUGUAUGCCAUUUGCAAGGUGAAGAACAUAGACCUUAGGUUCAAGGCUAUUGUUACUGCCUACAAGGACUUGCCAAAUACAAGUCAAGAGACCUUCAAACAUGUGCUGAUCAAAGAAGGGCAGUAUGAUUCCAUUAUUGGCUUCUACAACCUAGUGUUCAUGCAGAGGCUGAAAACCAACAUUCUGCAGUAUGCUUCGACACGCCCACCUACGCUGUCACCAAUUCCUCAAGUUCCUCGAAGUUCAUUUGGUUUUCCAAGCUCUCCAUUGCGUGUGCCCGGUGGGAACAACAUUUACGUGUCUCCGCUGAAAAGUCCAUACAAAACUGAUGGACUGCUGUCUCCCACAAAACUGACCCCAAGAACACGAAUCUUAGUGUCUAUUGGGGAACCAUUUGGGUCACCAGAAAGAUUCCAGAAGAUCAACCAGUUGGUGAGUUCCAGUGAUCGGCACCCUAAGCGGGCUGGAGAUACAGGGAGUCUGCCAAAACCACUCAAGAGGCUUCGCUUUGAUAUGGAUGGUCAAGAUGAGGCGGACGGCAGCAAGCACUUGUCUGGGGAGUCCAAACUACUGCAGCAAAAGAUUGCUGAAAUGACAUCUACAAGGAGCAAGAUGCAAGAGCAGAAACUGAAAGAUGGGAACGGUGGUUUGAAAAGGGAGGAAAACUGACUUCAGCCCUCUCAUCUGACUCAGGAAUGAAUCUGCACUGCAUAUGAGCAUGAUCCUCUGCAGCAGAAUCUUCAUCAGUUCUGGUCAUUGUUGAUUUAUGUUCCUUCUUUUCACAGAUUUUCUUUUACCAGGGGUUUAUUUCUUUUUAUAACCUCCAGUUAGAAAGUUUCUUAAGUCAUUUUAGAAAAUUAUUUUGCUAAACACUAUGCCUUAAAGGUCAUAUUUUCCUCUGUGUGUGAAAUUUAAUAAAAAGUGUAAACAAUAGAGCAAGACUGAAGGGAGAAAGUAUCUUACUUGCCUUCUGAUUUUUACCACUACUCUUAUUGUUUAUAAAAAUUACCCCAGAAUAAUCUGAACCCUGUAACUACACACAAGGGGCAUUGAGUACACUAAACCUGCACAGAGUAUGGUCCUCACCAACCUCUUCUGCUAAAUUUUCUCUGGCGUGUCUCAUGUGAUUUGCAUUAGUCUGUUUUAAUAUAACAUUACUUGCUACAUUCUGCUACAUUCUCAGUAUUUCUCUGUCAAUGUAACAACUCCCACUUCAAAAUUCAUUACUUAUAUUUGCAUAUAAAGAAAGGAUGCUACUUUUAGCUUGAUGCUCUGUUCAAGUUGCAAUGCUCCUGCUUGGGUCCUUUCAGUAGUUGAGUCUGUGAUACACAGCCACAUUGUUUGCAUCUGGCAUAAAUUUGAGUUUGCCCUGUUGCAAAUAUUCUUACAUUUCUUACGUUCAUCAAGACCUUGUGUCCAGUCCAUGAAGUGGAAUUCCAUCAAAAAACCACCUUUAACAAGUUUUGUACACUCUAUAAUUAGAUGCACAAAACAUUUGCGUUUCUAUUGGUUAAAUGCUGGGAGGCUCAUUGUUAUGUGUUCAGAUUGGUCAUUUUUCAAAAUCUAGUAAAAAUUCCAUGUUAAAUGAAAUCAUCAGUGGGUCUGUAAAAACCGAUGAAAUUAAGGCAAUUAACAGUCUAAUCAUAAAGGAGGAAAAUAUGGCCCUAAAUAUCUAGCAUUUGCACAAUGUGUGCAAUUUCAAUUUUAUUAAUGUUUUUAUUUAUGUCUAAGAUUUUACUUUUUACAAACUAGAAAGAAGUUUGUAGUUGAAUUGUCUUCAAGUUGCAAGCAAUGUGCCUAUCAAUUUUGUUAAUGAUACAAAUGCUUUAAGUUUGCAAUAAGAAAAACCUUGCAUUUAUAUAGCACCUUUCAGAACCUCAGGAUGUCCUUUAUUUACAGCCAAUAUAAUGCAGGAAAUGUGGCAGACAGUUUGCAUAUGGCAAAGUCCCAUCAUCCAUUUAAGGUGUUAGUUGAGGGAUCAAUGUUGGCAAUGACACAGGGAGAACUUCUCUGUCCUUUGACUAGGGCCAUAGGAUCUUUUACAUCCGCCUGAGGACAGACAGAGCCUCAAUUUUAACAUAAAAUACAGCAACUCUGACUAUGCAGUGCCCCCUCAAGUACUGUACGAAGUGUCAGCCUAGAUUAUGUGCUCAAGUCCAUGGUGUGGGGCUUGUACCUACAACCUACCACAAAGCUAAGGUUGAUAUCUAUGAGUAAGAUGUAAUGAUGUGGUGAACUGCACUAUUGCUUUUGAUUUGUGCAUUGAAAUGGUACCAGAUUCUGUUUUUCAGAGUUUUAAACUGAUGCACUAUUUAAUUUUGCAGAGGUAUCAACAAGUGUUACUAGCAUUAUGUACAAAGGAAUACGAAGGAAAUAUUAAGCCACAUUACUGAGCGUUGGCUUAUAUACCUCAGACAUACAAGAUUUUUAGCCUUCACAAUUGAAAUGCAGACUACUAAAAUAAAACGUUGCUGAAGGUCUCAAAUGUUUUGAUGAACAAAUUAUGAAGUAAGAUCUGUGCAGUAAUAUUGGACUUGUGGUAAAUGCUUUUAAAAUUGCCCCCUGAACUGGCUGUAUUAAUGACUCAGAUGGUUGGGAUGACUGUAAUGGUGGAUUGCUUUGUGUUUGUGACAGCUGACUGUGAAAAUUUGGGACACUGUUCCCAUCUGUAAUAACUCAACAUCAUCCAUGCAGAUAAUCCAUGGAUAUAAUUUAUCGUUGAAUAUAAAUGGUUAAUCAGUAUGUGGGUUAAAUAUCUUCCUAUAUUUCUGAUUAAAAGCAUGCAGAAGUCUGUACUCAUGAUUUGUUCAGCAAGAAAUCUAUUUGUACUGCACAUUAUGAAUUAAGGUACUGUUUUUAUAAAUUUUUUAUAUAGUAAAUAAAAAUCUGCAAAGUGUC